GCCCUGCCGCGGCCAUGGCCAGUGACAGCGGCGGGCCCGGCGCGCUGAGCGCCAGCGAGCGCGACCGGCAGUACUGCGAGCUGUGCGGGAAGAUGGAGAACCUGCUGCGCUGCGGACGCUGCCGCAGCUCCUUCUACUGCUGCAAGGAACACCAGCGCCAGGACUGGAAGAAGCACAAGCUGGUGUGCCAGGGCGGCGAGGCCCCCCGCGCGCAGCCCGCGCCGGCGCAGCCCCGCGUCGCGCCCCCGCCCGCUGGGGCCCCCGGAGCCGCGCGCGCCGGCAGGGCGGCCCGGCGCGAGGACAGCGCGGCGGCCUCGCGCGUACCGGGCCCGGAGGACGCGGCGCAGGCCCGGAGCGGCCCCGGCCCGGCUGAGCCCGGCUCCGAGGAUCCUCCUCCGGCUAGUCGGUCUCGGCCGGAGCGCGCUAGCCUGUGCCCAGCGGGCGGCGGCCCCGGGGAGGCGCUGAGUCCCAGCGGUGGGCUGCGGCCCAACGAGACCAAGCCGCUGCCCGCGCUGAAGCUGGCGCUGGAGUACAUCGUGCCGUGCAUGAACAAGCACGGCAUCUGCGUGGUGGACGACUUCCUGGGCAGGGAGACCGGGCAGCAGAUCGGCGACGAGGUGCGCGCCCUGCACGACACCGGCAAGUUCACGGACGGGCAGCUGGUCAGCCAGAAGAGUGACUCUUCCAAGGACAUCCGGGGGGACCAGAUCACCUGGAUCGAGGGCAAGGAGCCCGGCUGCGAGACCAUCGGCCUGCUCAUGAGCAGCAUGGACGACUUGAUCCGCCACUGCAGCGGGAAGCUGGGCAACUACAGGAUAAACGGCCGAACGAAAGCCAUGGUUGCGUGUUACCCAGGCAAUGGAACAGGCUACGUCCGUCACGUUGAUAACCCAAAUGGAGAUGGAAGAUGUGUGACAUGUAUAUAUUAUCUAAAUAAAGACUGGGAUGCCAAGGUAAGUGGAGGCAUACUUCGAAUUUUCCCAGAAGGCAAAGCCCAGUUUGCUGACAUUGAACCCAAAUUUGAUAGACUGCUGUUUUUCUGGUCUGACCGGCGCAACCCUCACGAAGUGCAACCGGCAUAUGCUACAAGGUACGCAAUAACUGUUUGGUAUUUUGAUGCAGAUGAGCGAGCAAGAGCGAAAGUAAAAUAUCUAACAGGUGAAAAAGGUGUGAGGGUUGAACUUAAUAAGCCUAAUUCAGUCAGCAAAGAUGUCUAGCAGAGCCUUAGGUCCAGCAGAACCCACUUCACCUACAGCCACUCGGUUGCCUUCUGCGGACUCGGGCCCACGUGGACGGGAUGAACAGAGACGCCUGGCGGC